AAAAAGGUUAAGAACAAGGCGCAUGUUGAGGCGUCAAUAUGUGAGGCGUAUAUUGUUGAGGAGAUCUCAACAUUUAUCUCAUACUAUUUCGAACCUCAUUUGAGAAUGAGGAUAAACCGUGUUCCACGACAUGAUGAUGGUGGUGAAGUGCAUUCAAGUGGGAACUUGUCAAUAUUCUCCAAUCCUGGACGACCCACACCUAAAAAUGCCGUGAGGGGAAGAUAUUUGUCUGAAAUAGAGUUCAGACAAGCACACAAUUAUGUCCUAUUUAACUGUGAUGAGCUGAGACCUUUUAUUAAGCAACAUCGACGAUACUUACUGUCCAAUAACUCACAGCUGACCGAAUCCCAGAUCUUUCAAUUACAAGAUGAACAAUUUGCCACAUGGUUUAGAACACAUGUUUAUCAAAUGGGAGGUAGUGCUGCUAUUUCACUGUCUUUACUAUGUCUGGGCCCUGAAAGAAAAGUCAAGUGCUAUAAUGGAUAUUUUGUCAAUGGAUAUGUCUUUCAUACUGAAGAAUACGGGCAUGGAAGAAAGACAUACAACAGCGGUGUUUGUAUUAAGGGAUCGACUUCUAGUGAGUUUGAAGUUGACUACUACGGUAGAUUGGAAGAGGUCAUCGAACUGCAAUAUCAUAGCGAGCAAAAUAGAGUGUUUUUAUUCAAAUGUUAUUGGUAUGACACAACUGACAGAGGAAUCAGAGUAGAUCCUCACUAUGGUCUCGUUGAAAUCAAUUGAAAAGCUAGACACCGCAAC